UAGAAGAAGAGGUUUUCUCGCGAUUUAAUGUUUCAACAUGGCUGCCUCCUCGAGCAGUGCUGCCACUGUUAGUCAGAGUGAUCAUUCCCCAUUAGCCGAAGAACCAGAGGCAGAAACAGAGUUUUGUCCCGGAUUCAAGGAUGUCGAUGCAUUUGUCAAGCAUGGCCUGGGAGCGGUGGUGUCCUCCACGAAGGCGUCCGCAGCUCUCCCCGCAGCCGGAGAUGAGUUUGACCUGUACCGCAGCUUCCCCGCCUUCCAGCACUUCUGCGCCUCACAGGGGGACCGACUCUUACACUGUAUGAGCAAGAUCAUGCAGCAUCAUGGCUGUAGAUCUCACAUGAGAGACAGGAACAAACUGACCGGACAGGAGGACAGGUUUGACCUGGUGGUGGACUCAAAUGAUGCCAUCCUUGAGAAAGUGGGUAUUCUCCUGGACGAGGCCUCUGGUGUGAGUCGCUCGCAGCAGCCGGUGAUGCCCACUGGAUAUCAGCCGCCCAAGAUCGUCGUGUCCAGCUGGAAUCGCAAGGGAGGAGAGCGCAGCACCGAGACCUUUCGCCUUCUACAUGCUAAGAACAUCCAGCGGCCACAACUCAAGUUCAAGGACAAAGUGGAUAACAGCAACACUCCUUUUGUCUCUAAGAUCUUCAUCAAACCCAAUGCAGAGAAACCUCUUCCAUCAUAUUUUGCCGACAAACACAUCCGCAAGGAGAGACCGGAGGAUUUAGAUGUUCCUGCUGCACUGGCGGACUUUAUCCAUCAGCAGAGAACAAAAGAGCACGUGGACGACAUGUUUUCUCACCCCUAUCAGUAUGAAUUGGACCAUCUGGUCAUGCCAGAGAGUCUGAAGUGUAAACCUGAUGCCCAGAUGUAUACACCUAUUGCUGAGUCCGCUUGUCAGUUCAUCAAUACUUUAGAUGAUCUUGUUGCUAUGAAUGAGAAGUUGGCCAAGAUGACGGAGUUCGCUGUGGACCUGGAGCAUCAUUCCUACAGAAGCUUUUUGGGAAUCACGUGUUUGAUGCAGAUAUCAACGCGGGAGGAGGACUUCAUCAUAGACACGCUGGAACUGCGCAGUGAAAUGUACAUCUUAAACGAGACUUUCACCGACCCCACCAUUGUGAAGGUGUUUCACGGUGCUGACUCUGACAUUGAGUGGCUACAGAAGGACUUCAGUCUCUAUGUGGUCAACAUGUUUGACACCCAUCACGCUGCACGCUGCCUAAACCUCGGCCGAAACUCCCUUGACCAUCUCCUGAAAGUCUACUGCAACGUGACCUCUGAUAAACGCUACCAGCUGGCAGACUGGAGGAUACGACCGUUGCCAGAUGAGAUGUUGAAGUACGCUCAGGCUGACACACACUACCUGCUGUACGUGUACGAUCGAGUCCGAGCUGACCUGUAUGAUAUGGGCAACGGGCAGCCUGCCCUCAUUCAGCAGGUCUGGGCUAAAAGCAGAGACCUCUCGCUCAAGAAAUACGUGAAGCCUAUUUUUACGGAGGACUCGUACAUGGAGCUGUACCGCAAGCAGAAGAAGAGCUUCAACACGCAGCAGCUGGCGGCGUUCAGACUGCUGUACGCCUGGAGAGAUAAGCUGGCACGACAGGAGGACGAGAGCACUGGGUAUAUCUUACCAAACCACAUGAUGAUGAAGAUUGCAGAGGAGCUUCCAAAGGAGCCUCAGGGCAUCAUCGCGUGCUGUAACCCCACUCCACCACUAGUGCGCCAGCAGAUCAAUGAGCUUCAUCAGCUGGUCAAAGAAGCUCGAGAGAUUCCUUUACUCAAGGCAGAGGUACCGAUUAAAAAGAAGAAAUCAACGACCCCUAAAAGAAAGCCACAGUUUAAUUUAUUCGGACCCCAUGACACCUCCCGCUCGUCUGAAAGUGAUUUCCUGGACCUCUCUUCUUUUGAAACCCCAACCAAAGCAGGAGUGUUGUUUUCAGAAGAGGAGAAUGAAAGUGUGGACCGAGAGGAAAAAUCCUUGCAUGGCCUGAUGGCUUCAGCAAAAAUCCGACUGUUUGCCGAUGAGGACGAGGAGGCAGCAGCUCCUGCUCAUCUGACAGUGGCACAGCAGAAAGCACACAGCAUCAUGGACUCGUUUGACAACCCCUUCCGAAUGUAUUUACCAUCAAAGGACAUUCACAUAUCAACGAAUGCCAAAUAUGACCCAUCUUCAAAGAUUUAUGAGAUUCAUAACCGGUGGAAAUUACAGAGUAUUGAGCAGCAGCAGAAGGAGGCUCAGGCCAAGCAGCAAGCUAGAGAACAGGCCAAGAAAGCUCAAGAGGAACGAAAGAAAGUCAAACUGAGCUACCAGGAGUCGCUGAAAAAGGUUCACACUGUCAGGCAGCAAGUAAUGGAAGCAAAGCAGGCUGGACAGAAAAGAGAGAGAGCUGCCAGUGAUGUUGCUGAAGAUAGUCUUAAAGACUCCAAGACUGAAAGUGAGGCAUCAGUGGCUGAUCCGUCCACAAAACCCACGCAGAAAAAAACCAAACAGAAAAUCGUCCAAGAGCCUGAAGUUCCUCAAGACUUCCAGCCUUACGACUACAGCCAGUCGAAUUUCAAAAUGUUCGAUGGUAAAUUGAAAGAGAGUUCACAGUUCGAUCCGAACGGACAAGCACGAGGACCCAAGCAGAAGAAAAAAAAAGGACAGAAGAAAAACACUGGGGGAGGAAGGAGCAUGUCUUACUUACCCGCCAAAUCUGACAGAGGGUUUCGCCACAACUGGCCCAAGAGAUAGGAGUCUUCAACUGAUGAAGUAUUAUCCCCCCCCUUUUGUUUUUCUUUUUAAAAGCGUCCUACAUGUUCUGCAGACUGAAUUUGUCCUGACAGUGCUUGUAUACUUGUGUAAUUUGAUCCUUUCUCCUUCAUUAAAAUGAGAUUUUAAAACAU